UCCACCAGCACCGAACUGGAGGAUCAACUAGUCCGGGUAUUAGAAAAGAACACAGAACUGACUAUCCAAAACAAGGACCUUCAAAAGCAAGUGCAACGGCUUCAAAAUGUGAAGACUGGGGACAACCUCCGGCAAGGAGACAAGCUGGAGGGAAUUUUGAAGCAAAUGCGAGAAGCUUCUGACAAAAGAAAAGAGUUGGAACGUGAGCAUACUGAAGCCUUAACUCAGCUAAGGGAAAAACAAAAUGAAAUCCAACGUAAAUUUGGCAACACAAGUGACAAGACCAAGGCCUAUGAGAGUAUUGAGACCCUUCAGUCCAAGAUCCGAGAGUUGGAAAAGAAAGCGGAAUUGCAGAAUGUCCGUCAUGAGGAGCUCAUGCUGGAGAUGGCAGCCAUCAAAAGGUCCCAGAGCAAAGCAGAGAGAGCUACAACUGCCGCUGUGUGGAAGAAGAGUGGCCUCCAUCAGGAAGUGCAAACCUCACCCGACUCCGUUCCCUCCACCCCAGAGCUAAACUGUGUGGACCGAUCAAUGGCAAUGAGUUCGAGCGGCUUAGAUAAUUACCUUGAACAACAGCAGAUGCAACAACGAACUUCGGCCAUCAAACUGAGGAGUCAAGCUGCGGGAUUUCAACAGUUCGGGGGCAUCCCUUUUCCCUUCCCGACGGGGAAUGUUGUCUCUUUGGUAGAUACAUCCCUCCCCAUAGAUCCCCAGUACCUGGUACCCUGGAGGAUGUUGGUAGGCGAGGGUUGCGGAGGUGUUUCUGCGUCCCCAGUGGCUGUCUCCAGUAGCGGGGGGUCGUCCUCGGGUAGCGGAGGCGCAACUGUGGCGUAUCCCCCACCGCCGACUACUGACAUCGACAGAAUCAUGGCUAAAAUCGAUCAGGACAACCGAAUCCUCGCGGAGCUCGACAAAACACGAUCCACUAUAGGGGGUAGACUGCUGCCUAACCCGCCCCUAUGGACUUGCACUGCAGCUCAGCUUACAGUCCCGGGCCACAGUCUUCCGAGCAGUGUCGUGCCUGAUACUCUAAACAGGCAUGCACUGCAAGGCACCUUGCCUACAGAACCCAGCAACUACGUGGUACCCACUAUGGGGUUACCCAUACUGCCUUCACUGCCUCCACAGCUUCCUCUAAUACCUCAAUCGAUGCAGCCUUUCCAAUUCCUAGCAUCAGGAUCCCAGCAGCUUCUGCCACACACACAGCAGGUUCUAGUGCCACACACAGGACGACUGAUGCCUCAGAUUCCUACCAUUGUCACCUCUCAGUAUGAGCUAGAGAGCAGAAACAACUUUUUAAAUGGUAACCUACCAUCAGGAGUGUUCAACACUUUAGCGGACCAACAGCAAUCACAGGAUAAAGUGGAUAUGCUGGAUAUACCAGGGAAGGGCCGGUGCUAUGUAUAUAUUGCUAGAUACUCUUACGACCCCUUCUCACAAUCGCCCAAUGAGUGCCCGGAAGCUGAGUUGGCAGUUAAUGCUGGAGACUACCUCCUAGUAUGGGGAAACAUGGAUGAGGAUGGAUUCUACGACGGAGAACUGCUGGAUGGUCGCCGUGGGCUUGUGCCUUCCAAUUUCAUACAAAAGCUGGUUGGAGAUGAUUUGCUAGAGUUCCACCAAUCAGUGAUUCAAGGCCUGAGAGAUUGUGACGACAGUGCCUCAACCAACAUUCCUCAAGAUCUGGACUAUCAUCAACUUAACACAGGGAGUGCCAAGAGGAAAAACAAGCGAAUACCUCCAGGCAAUCAAGAAUACAGCAAGAGAGUGGUUCCUGAUAUGGAUCUAGCUGAUGCUUUGGAUGAUGAAGAAGAAGACACUCAUUCAGGUGAAGGCCCAGACGUGUUCUUCUCGCUACUAGUACCCGCCCCGAAGCAACUGACGUUGGAGCGGCAACUCAACAAGAGCGUGUUGAUCGGAUGGAAUCCUCCAGACACUUCGACGUCACCCCCCAUCGACUGUUACCACGUCUACGUUGACGGAGUGCUCAAGGUCACAGUCAAAGCUACUGAGAGAACCAGAGCUCUGGUGGAGGGGGUCGACUCUAACAGACCCCAUAGGAUAAGUGUGAGGUCAGUGACGGCUAAUCGCAGGACGUCCAGAGAUGCUGCCUGUACCAUGGUGAUAGGCAAGGAUGUUCCCUUGGGCCCGUCACAAGUCAAGGCUAGUCGUGUGACUGCUACGUCAGCUGUCAUAUCAUGGCUACCGAGUAACAGUAACUACCAGCACACUGUCUGUGUUAACAACGUAGAGUUACGCACUGUUAAGCCAGGGGUCUACCGUCACACUAUCACAGGAUUGGCUCCCAACACGGUGUACAGAGUGACCGUCAGAGCCAAGAACAUUCGAGCGCCUCACUUUGACGAAAAAACAAACAUCUCCAUUGAAAGAUACUCCUGUCAUAUAGAUUUCCGCACACUUCCUAAAGGUUUGCCAGAGCCCCCAGUAGACAUCCAAGUAGAGCCUGGACCUCAAGAUGGCACUCUGUUGGUGACUUGGCAGCCGGCUACCCCCACCACCUCUGCCUGUAAUACUCUGGUCACAGGAUAUGCGGUGUACGCUGAUGGCAAGAAGGUCACCGAUGUGGACAGCCCCACAGGAGAUCAUGCCCUAAUUGAUAUCAACAAGUUAUUGAGUCUGAAUCCAAAACAAGUAACGGUUCGCACAAAGUCAAGAGAUAAUCAAUCAUCAGAUAGUCUGCCAACUCCGAUUCCUCCGAACAUGCUCAAGGGAAAGCAGCAUUCCAACAAGGUGGAGGAGCAAAUAGAGUUAUCAUUGGGGAAAAUUUCUUCUUGGUUUGCUGAUAACCCUUUAGUAUCGAAUGUGAAAAAGACAAACAUUAUGAAAUUUCAGCAGAGACCUCCUAAUAGCAAAGACAAUUUGACAGAGGAAGAGCGACGCAGAUAUGGAUCAUCGGUUCCACCCCACAUGCGUCAUCAUCAACAUCAUCGUGGAGGUCAAGUCAUCAUAGAGACGGAAGAAAACCUGAGUGACAAAGAAGUCUACCCAUCUAACCACAUGAGUAUUCCGGCCAUAGCAGAAAUCACCAAGGACACAGGAAGUGAGGGGAACUACAGCGAGGAGGACUAUAUGGACAGACGAGGUGGGGGUGCAGGUCGGCCCCAUCACCAACAGCAACACUAUGAUAGGGGACCUCGCGGGCAAUACGGGGCUCGUCAACAAGCUCCUACACACCCCCGCAACCCACAGCGACGAGAUGAUAGAGAUCCCUAUUACACAGACAGGAGACAUCAAGAGAGAGGAGGGUACAGGGGGACUGGUGGUGGAGGGUCUGGGGGGACCAGAGGGGGUCCAUCACAGCACACACAGCAGCCCCCCAGAGAUAAGAGGGUACGAUGGUUCAUGGCACUAUUUGAUUACGACCCAACGACCAUGUCACCAAACCCUGACGCAUGUGACGAAGAAUUACCCUUCUCCGAAGGAGACUCAAUAAAGGUUAUUGGAGAGAAGGAUGCAGACGGCUUCUACUGGGGCGAGUGUAAGGGGAGAAGAGGAUAUGUGCCCCACAAUAUGGUUGUUGAAGUCCAGCAAGGGUUUGAGGGUGGCAACGUGGCCAGAGAGGGGGGGAGCAGAUCCAGAGAUCGCUGGGGCGAUAUCUACGCCAACAUGCCAGUUAAGAAGAUGAUUGCCCUCUACGACUACGAUCCUCAGGAGCUCUCGCCCAAUGUGGAUGCCGAGGUGGAGUUGUCUUUCCAAACCGGGAACAUCAUCUACGUCUACGGGGAAAUGGAUGAUGAUGGUUUCUAUAUGGGAGAGUUGGACGGAGUGCGAGGGCUGGUCCCUUCUAACUUCCUGACAGAGGCGCCACCAGACUUUACCAAUGGAGCAGGGCCAGGCCGAGGUCCAGCCGGUGGCUCCAGAGGAGGGGGCAGCAGGCCUGCACCCUCCGACAGGGGUCACGGCCCUGGAGCUAGGGGCCCUCCACCUCCGCCAAGAGAAGGCUUACCUCCUAGAAUAGAUCCACGGGAUCGAAGGAAAGAUGCCUGCCCCGUACCCACACAAGUAGAAGGCCGGCAGGAUGGUAGAAUGCAGCAGCAACAACAACAACAGCAGCAGCAGCAGGAAACUACGAGAAUGGCCUCACAGUCCAAGUACAAGGCCCCACCUGCACCUACCUUACCCGCACCUGACAAGCCCCCACCUGUAGCACCUCCGCCCGCCCAGGAACCUCAGCCCGGGAUGCCUAACCUCAUGCAGAAGCUCACUGAGAUGACAGGAAAUGUCACGGGUGGUGAUAAUUCUGUUGACCACAUUCUCUCUAAAGGCAAGGAACUAAUUUUCAUGAAAUUCGGGUUGGGAAAAUGAAUUCUGUCGCUACAUCGUCUAAAUGCCUUUCUAUUUUUUAUCUAUGGCUUUCGGAUCUUCCAUAAAAUGCAUUUUUUGUGUGGCAAUAAUUUAUCUAAACCUCUUUCCUGAUACAAAGUGGAUUAAUUAGACCAACUUAGUAUUUAUACAUGUAAGAGUGUAGCUUUGUGGGUGUAUAAUGAGGCGAAUGCUACUCUAUUAUGUUACAACGCUACUGCUACCAACUUCAACUCUUUGCUGUUGUUACGAUACAAUGUGCUUUGAUCUUUAUAUUUUAGCAAAACUGUUAAAGUUUAUCGCUAUGAAACAAUCCAUCACAUAACAUUACUUUCCGAGGCUGGUUACCUCCAUUCUAGCUUUAAAUAGUUAAUCAAUAGUCAGUUUUUACUAUUGGUUUCAAUUUAAUUUUGCCAUUUUCAAGCUUUAGUAAAAGAUAAUUUUCUGUCAAUCUCCCAAUUAAAAUUGUCUAAUAUUCGAGGUGUAAGUUGUUGUUAUUGAAUAACAUUAAUUUGUCAACGCUUAUGGUUGUUUUGGGAUUGCUUACCAACAUGCAGAGUAGCUAUGCUUUACUGUUGAAAUUUGACCCUAGUAUACCAAACACAUAUUGCAGUAUAAUAACAACCUUUCUCUGUUAUAAACCAAAUAUGUCUCGUAUAUUGUUAUACGAUGGCGGUUUUUUAAGUAAGAACCGGUUUCGCAUAUGAAUCCGUACUUCAGUUAUACACCGCAACGAGGCUUCACCAUUUGAUGGCAUCAUUUGUGAAUAAAAUGAUACAAAUUUCAGCUCUGUAGCUGUCAUGUACGCUUUGCUGUGUGUUUUUUAAAGUUUCUUAGCAAUCUAAUCUCCCUCCGCGUCUGAAGUAAGAUCAGUUAUACACUUUUUCAUUACAAGAAACAUAUCCAAUGCCAACAUUUAUCACCAGGUGGUUAGAGAUUAUGACCCUGAUGCAAGGAUAGUGUAGAAAGAGCUGAAAUAAGCUAGGAGUUUAAAAAUGGCCGUGAAAAUGCUCUUUUUGUAAGGAAUUGUGUUUUAGUGGGUACCCAAUAUGGAUGUUUCUUGUAAUCAAAUAAGUAUUACUAACCUUACCUCGGACGCGGCGGAAGAUUUGAUUGUUUAACACGUUCACUGCGGGCGUAUCGGAUACAGGCCGAGCGCUGUUCAGACGCUGCUGUAACCGAUCGGAUACGCUCGGCAAUGCCUUUCGUAUAUCAUCGUUUUUGCUCUAGCGUCGGUCGAAGGCAGACCAAUUCCACGUUAGCGUGUAGUGGGUGACUUGCUUUUUGUUGUGUUGUAGGUUGGUAGUAAAAUUUCCCCAUAAAAUCCCUGUCUGGCAAACUUAAAAAUCAACUUGUUGUCCCGUCUUUCUCCCUCCAAUUGGCAAUACGAUGAGACCGGCUACGUUCCAAGCAGUGCUGCUAUAUGUGAGUGUUUAGCGAACUACGUCGAUUCUGGUUAUAAAACAGGACAUCACCGCACGUUAUUUGCUAUUCGUCAUACCAUAAUAUGAGAGCCAAACACCCGGCAAUCGGGUUUGUUCGACGCUGCGGGCUGCGCCGCGCUGAGGCUACGCCUGCCAUUUGAUGGCCCGCAGUGAACGUGUUAAGCAAUUUUAAAAACUUAAAGCAAAGCGUACCUGACAGCUUCUGUAGUUCUGUUCACAAAUGAUGCCAGUAAAUGGUGAUGUGCCUCGUUGCGGUGUACAACCGAAGUACGGAUUCAUUUGCGAAACUGGUUCUUACUUAAAAAACCGCCCUCGCUAAUAGAUGGUUGAGUCUGUGUAAAUAGUGUGGUUUUCUAUAUAAACACAAAAUGCAUUUAAAUAAAUAGAAACAGUAUUACAAGGGAACAGCCUUGGCUAAAAAGUUUUUAAAAAUUAUUUUGAGUGUCAUCAAUGUAACAUAACAUUUAAAAUUAGAAAAAAACUGUUAAAGUGUUCCAUGUUUGAAUAAUUUCUUUGAAUGCUGAAUUUAAAUUGUACAACAAUUAAAAUUUUUCAACUUUUAUUGAGGUGUCAACAUAAUUGAACCACCAAAUAGUCAAAAGUUUCCAAUUAUUAAUCUUUCAUAAAACAUUAUGCUUCUCUCAGAGAUCUAAAAGUGUAUCUUUACCAUAUACAACUUUUUCCUACUGAUUGGAAUUGCGUUAACAUAUAAUACUUUGAUAAAAUUGACUAAAUUGUUCCCAUUUUAUGUUUUAUUUAUAAAUUCAUAAUAACAAAAUUCAAUAACAACCUCUUUUAUAUUUUGUAUAUUUUUCUCCUGUCCCUUGUGUAUGCUAUUCAGUAGCUACUUGUAGUGUUUUACUUCUUUUAUAUUACCCCCAUAGAUCAAAUAUUGUUCAAAUAUAUUACAUAAAUAUAAAUAAUAUUCUAGCUUAGAGAAACAGCUAUAUUUUAACCUCGGUGUGUACCUAACUAGGCUAUCUGCGAACUGAGAUUUUACUGUAGUCAGCAUUGUUUUAUUAUAUUUGCUAUCAUUAUUUUUUUAAGAAAUUUAUUUACUCAGACAUUUUAAUCUAAGAAAAUAAUAAGUUACCGACUCAUUUCACAUCUCAUAUCCUAAUAUCAACCAUGAAUUCUCCAAAAAAUAUUCAGAAACAGACACAUUUUAAAUUAAUUAAUUUUGUACAAAAAUUGAUGGAUAGAAGAAUGAAUACGGUUGUUUAAAUGAUACGAUAGGUAACUUUUUAAUAUCCAAUUCUGUAUCCGUCUAAAAAAAUUCAAAUUCAACCUCUGUCAGAAUUUUGCUUCUUGAGAAUUCUAUCCUACUUCAUCAAUGACAAUAAAAGAUUUAUGUAGAACAAGGAGCAAAAUCAUGUCAAAGUUGUUGUGAUGGUUGGUUCUGGGCACUGUUUAGUCUCGGUUUACGGGUAGAAUGUAUCAAGUUAUAAACUUUAUAAUUAAAUUAUUGUUGUUGUUUUGAAAUAUAUACUUAUGUUCAAUUUUCAUAGAGACUCUGUUGGCGUUUUCAUUGUUGAUGAUGACAAUUUAUAGUUUUAAUGAAAAUAGCGCUGUAAUUCCACUUCUUGUAGUUUUGCUACUCCACAUCUACUGGUAUAUACAUAUAUUAUUUACUUAUUUUUAGUCAUUCCUUAUAGGUUAGGUUUUAUUUCUUAAUUGUCUUUUUUUACAAUCCCCUUGUUGUAAAAAGCUUUAAUUUCAUAGUUUAGGUUUGGUGUAGUUGUACCUAACAUACAUGAAGGGAAAUGAUACUUUUGAAUCAGACUGUAAUAUUUCUAUUUCCCUCUACAGUACUUUGAAUUUAAAAAUAGUUUUAAGCUUUUAAAUUUUAAUUUUAAUGAAUUUAAUUUAAUUUAAUUUAAUUUAUGUUUUAGACCUCAGCUCACGAUUUGUUUAAAUAAUUUAAUUAUUAUUUCUUUUUUUCUUCAAUAUUUUUAAGUUAGGUCUGUUGAUGGAUGGACUAACUAGGGUUUUUUUAUUAAUUGUUCUCAUAUUUGCUAAAUGUUCAAAAAGCUAAACAGAUUGUAAAUAAAAUUGUGAUAAAAAAAUUAUAUUUUACAGGGGAGUUGUUUGAAUGGCCAAAAUACAAAAUAAAACAGACACUCAAUAAUAUCUAGAGUACCAGCAUGUUAAAAGACAAAACCUGAGUAUUUUGUUAUGCUUCAAUCUUUGCUAAAAUUAUGAAAAUCUUGUAUUACAUGGCAAUUUAUUAAUAUUUAAACAUUGGGUGAAUUGUUUGACCAAACAAUUCAGAACACAGUUUUUAUAUUUUGUUUUUUCUUUAUGCCACUUUCGUUCUAGUUCACUUUGUAGCAAAUAUAAAAUUUUCCUGUGAAAUAUUAAAUAGGUAUCUAUUUAAUCGAGUAGGAAUUAGUGACUUAAAGAUUUUACUAAAAUAAUCGUUAUUUUCUUUCAUUUUACAAAUUGCUGAGCACCACUAUGAUUAAAUACAAUGAUCCGGUACAAUCUGUAGUAAAUAUUUUCAUUUCUUAUAUACCAGUAGCUGUGACUCCAGAAAUCACAUCCUGUAUCAAGCUAUGUAUUGCCAUUUAUAUUCUUCUCAAUUUAAUUUGUAAUAUUGUAGUUAAAAUUGUGAUUGUCUGCAAUGCUCGUACAUAAUUUAAAUAAAUGGAUUCUUCUGUGAUGAAACAUUUGAAACGCAAACAAUAAGGAGUGUAUUAGGUUGUUUUUUCUAGAUACUAUUUAUUGCAUAUCAAAAGAAUUUGUAAGAAUAAGGUAUGAUAACAGAGCUUGAUCGCAAAGAUACCAUAUCAGGCAUUGCGAUGUAGUCAGGUAGUGAGAUUACAACAGAUCGGGUUAUUGCCUUGGAUCAUAUAGUACCUUUAUCAUAUCAAUAACUGUAUAUAUCGGCUUGCUUGUCAGUAAAUUUCAAAAAUUAGAAAUGACACAUAGAAAUUUAAGCUUAAGACUUUGAUAAUAUAAUAUAUAAAUAUACAUAUACAGACACACACACACACAUAUAUGUAUAUGUAUAUAUUUAUACAUAUAUAGCUCUGCAAGUUAGGCACAAACUUUAAAACCAUCAGGUGUAUUGAUUAUUAGUACAGAGAUUUCUUACUAUUAAUUUUGUAUUAUGUAUAUUCUCUUAAUGUACAUUUUGCCCAGCACAAAACCUAUCCAUACUGUUAUCAUAUUUAAAAGCCCUAAUAUUAAGUUUAUUAUUUUGUUUUCUGUAUUAUUUUAACUUAAUUUUAAAAAUAAAAAAUGUAAAACACAAUUAGAUUUAAUUUUUGUUAUUUUUUUAUUUUUACACAGUUGAUGGAAUUCAUCAUGUUUUAACGUAACUUCAAACAUUCAGUUUAAGAUAUUUCAUGUACAAAUUGCACAUUCAGUUUACCUUACCAUGACCAGUAAAACAUCCCUGAUGUGAUAGUGUCAACAGUAAGCCUAAAUGUUAAAUCAUUUUGUAAUAUUCCCGCCAACAGAGGUUGGAAGCCUUUAUUUUGUCGGAAGACAAUCAUUUUUUUCACAAAUAAAGGUUUAAUUUAUUAUUAAAUUAUUGUAUUCAAUUUUCAUAUAAGUUAACUAUAUUGAAUAUGUACAUAAACUAAUCCAAUGUACAUAAUAUGCAUUACCCUUGAUGUAUUUAUUUGUGUUUUGUACACAAACAUAGGUUUUAGAAAUUUACACUGUGUUACUCCAAUGGUUUAGUAAGCUAUUCAUUUACAAUUUUUGUGUGUAAUAAUUUUGUAUUUAAAACUAAAAUUAUUUGAUAUCCCAUUUUUAUUGCUUGUAAAAACUGGACAACGUUCUUAGCAAUUAGAUUUAAUGAAAACUGUAUACGGAUUCAUCAUAUUUUCAAGAUCUAAGUAUAAUCAAAGUUUUAUUUAUUAUAAUUUCUUCCCCAUUUAUUUUAUCUUUCAGUAAUAAAAAAUCUAAAUAGAAUAGUUAUAUUACUAGCACUAAUAAUAGCUCUCAAGAUUAAGUCCUGACAUUAGGUUUCAAGAUUUGAUUAAUAAUGGUAAUGGAAGUAGGAGUAAGAAAAUUAAUUUUGUUAUAAAAAAGAGGUGGUGAAUGUAUUUUGUUUUCACCUCCAUUCUUCUUCCUUAUUCCUUCUGUGACCAUUAGACUGUGUUUUGUUUUAUUUUAUGAAUUUAAUCGUCUGUUAACUUAAUUGACAGUGAAAUACGGUAUUUAAAAAAUUAAAUUUUCCUACAGUCACCCGACAAAUUUGGCUUCCUUGUACUGUUUAUAGUACAGAAAGCUGCUAAUUGCUGCAUAUUUAUACUUUGCCGUACGGUUUAUACUUUGCCGCACAUCAGGAUUUCAACGAAACAACACAAAACAGCGUGGUUCCAUUAUGCACGUAAUUCGUGUACGCUUGGAAAUAGGUUGGCAACACUUAAAGAUAAUUAUACUAUGAGCAGCUGAUUGACUAUUAUAACUACGAUUUAACCUGUCAUUUCAUGUUUAUAGUUUCGGUAUUUCUGGACUUUCUGGACUUUUCUUUUAAACGUUUUUAAAACCUUCCUACGAUCUUAAUAAACAAGAAAAUACCUUUUAAGCAUUUCUUUUAGGCGCGGAAACCACUUAAAAUUACAAAAACAUACGGAACUAUAUUCUCAAUACGCGGAGCACAUUUCUUGCCGAGGAAAAAUAGCGGAGUGAUAUGGACCGCGGGUACUACUUUCUCUAGGGCACCAUUUGUGUUGCCAGCUGAACCUAAAAACGUGUUGCAUAGUGUUUGAAAGACUAAUUAUUUAUAUGCUUUAUAGUGACUGUAGGAAAAAUAUAAUGUGUAACACGAGUGAAAAAGGCCUUUGCUGCACUCGAGAUCAUUCCACACUCGCCUGCGGCUCGUGCGUAAACAUUGCUCUCGUGUGCAGCAAAGUGCCACUUUCACCACUAGUUACACAAAUAACUAUUUCAUCAUUCCGUUCAAAAGUUGUCAUUUUAAAUAACAGCUUAUAUCAAAGAAAAUAAUUGUUUCCUAAGCUCUAAUUUAGAGCAAAUGAAAAACAAUCAGCUGACUUAUAUAACUUAUGUUUUCCCCCUACGGUACUUUGAUGAAGACCUAAGCAUUAUCUUGAAUACUAUUUUUGUCUUCCUUAAUAUCUGUAACCUUAUCUGCCUUCUGUUGCCCCAAAUGGAUGAUACAAAGUUAUUAUUAAGUCUAAAGAUUCCUUUCAAGAAUUAAAUUAAAUAACAUUAUGACACUGUUUUUUUUUUGUAAAUGUAUUUUUUUAAUUUUUAUCAAAUGACAUGUCUUGUAAACGUUUACCUUCUAAUAUUCCUGUAAAACUUCCCUUAAAAAAUAUAGUGCAAGUAUUUAAACUCUUUCCCUAAGGACUUGUACUUAAAAUUCCCUAACUGAGGCAAAAUAUAUUCCAAUUCAUUUAUGUUUAUUUUAACCCUUCCCGGACGGGCGAAAUCGUGACAUAGGACAAGAAAAAAUUAUAGAAAAAAAUAAAAAUUAAUUUUCCUUUUUUGUGUUUUGUUAUAUAAGUAUACAUGAAAUAAACACAAUACAGUAGAACCUCUUUAAUCCGAACUAAAGUCUGUCUAAAAUAAUUGUGCGGUUGGAAUUCAAGAUAUGAUUUCCCUGUUAUGGUAAAUCUCCCUCUCAUUUACCCUUUUCUACACUAAAAUACCCGUAACAAUCAUCUGUUUUAUAUUGCAGACAGGUUUUUAGGAAGCAUUUGUUUAUUAUGAUUGAACUACACACAUAAUAAAACAAGAAGAUUUAUUUUAACAUAAAUAAUCUACGUAUUAAUUUUAAUUUCACUAGAAGUUUUGUUGUAAUAUAGAUAAUCUUGGGCUAACAUCUAUGCUUUAUGCUUUUGAUGGAUUGUUUUAAAUACAAUUUCAGUUCAGGUAAUGUAACUAUACAUUAUUAAAUUAGUUAAUAUCGUGGUGAACUGGUUUCACAAUUCUAAAGCGAUUCUUCACUUCUUAUUUAGUUAUUAUUUUAAUACCGUCGACAAUGGGAACUUUGUCAAGGUCUCUAGCGAAGCCCUAAAGUCAGAUCAGGAUGAAAACCAUUGUGUUAUCCUCUUUAUGUCUGAAUAAUCAGUGUACAUCAGAGUAGACCUACUCAUGAUGAACAACGGAGUCAUUUCAUUAAACUUGUUUUAUUAUACCAUACAUUAUUUGCUAAAAUUUUCUUUUACUGAGGAUAAACUAACAUAACAAAUUGAUCAUACUAUUUGACCGAGUUAUGUUUAAAGAUACACAAAAAUUAAACCAUUUGUAUGAAACAGCUAUAUUUAAGUUUUUGCAUUUUUUCAUUGUUUACUAAUUGUAUAAAUAUUUCAAAUCCCUAAUAGUAGGCCUAAAAGCCCAAUAUGCCUGAGUACACACCAAAUGGAAAACAAAACUCGUAAAAAUACACAAAUAUAAUUUUAUUUAUAAAACAUAUAUUAAACUACAAAAUGAACACAAUGAUGUAAAUUUAACAAAAGUUAGAUGUAAUGUGAACGUUAAAAAAGUACUGGAAACGUUCUAUUACAUCAUUCACUCUCAUAACUGGAAAGUAGAUGUUCACCAUCAUUUUCGCUUGGCCCACCAGAGUCAGUGUCAUCCUGCAGAUUUAUAAUGAAUGGUUCCAUAAUUUCGUCACGCAGUCCUUCUUUAUAAAAAUCUUCUUACUGGAUAUUUUCAGCAUGAAUUACGCAUUGCUUCCAGUCUUCUACUGUUACGUUACAUGGUUCAUGACAUUUUCAAGAAGGUUCCUGACAUCCUUUAUUUUAAAAGACGUGUUAUUUUGCGCUACCUCCCCAUUCACUUGAGCCCAAAUUAGCUCUAUGGGAUUGUAUUGACAAUGGUAGGGGGUAGGCGAACAACCUCAAACCCAUCUGCAACGCAAGUUCAUCCAGUUCGUACUGUGGGGGGAAAUCUUGCCUGUGCUGCCGCACGGUGGUAAGGAGUUCUGCUACUGUGUGGACUGGAUUGUGUUCAAUACCAUUAUCUGAUAGCCACUUCACAAUGUCUGCCUUUCUUGAUUUGAACUUGGAAUUUUGUUAAGUCGUUUCGAAUGGUACCGGUAGCUGGCAUUAUCCAUUACAAUAAUCUUUUGAUAUAUUUUCUAUAUUACAAUCUUCGGAGUCCAUAUUAUGUGCUGCAAUGCAUUUGUUUCCUUCUCCAGUUAAGUUUUGCACUGUUUUGGCUAUUUCUAAUUAACACUAAUCAAUUAAACCCAGACUGAAUAAUAUUAAACUGCACAAAAUAUCAUCAUAAUAAUCACAAUGUUGUUUACUACUAAAAUGUAAACAAAGUGACACCUGUUGUAAAAUUAUGAACAGUAUGAAUCAGCUGUAGGCUAAUAUGUGGUGGUGGCAGGGGCCAGGGAGAAAACAGGGGAAAACAAAUUUGUCCUUCAACCGCACAUUAAAUUCAGACAGAGUAUAAUUGGGACCAGGGGUAGUUCGGACUAGUGAAUAGUUCGGAUUACAGAACAUAUUGUUGUUUUUACAUAACAAUAGCUAAAACAUGGCUAAAAUUUAUCUAAAUUAUUUUGGGAAAAGUGAAAAAAAUGUUUUAUAAAUUAAAAUACAGUGUUUAUUUAAUACAGUAGUAAACAUGGUGAAUAAACAGUAAUGUACAUUAAAUAAAGUAUACAAUAAAGAACUGCUGUACUAUUUAUAGAGUACAGCAAUGAGGGGUUCGGAUUAGUGGACGUUCGGAUUACGGGGGUUCGGAUUAAAGAGGUUCUACUGUAUAACACUUCAUAAUGUCAAAAUAUUUUUUUUACUCGUUUUUAAAUAUCCGCGGAUAAGUAGAAAAGCAGCGGAUAUAUCCGCCACACGUCUUUGAAGAUAUGACCAUGACAACGUUAGGCAAUAAAUAAAGAACAAUAUGUAAACAAUAAAUAAAGACAACAUAGUUUUGAGCGCGAAACGUCGAGGGGGGAGCGUAGGAGAGGUGGGUGGUGGGAGGGCAGAGGGUGAGGAGCGGUAGAGGGUAGGCACGCGAGAGAGGGGGGAGUGCGGGAGAGAGCGCAGCCAUGGAGAUAGCAGGAAAGUGGCGCCUUGGUACCGCGAAACAUCUGGUUACAUCUCAAGCACCUGCCAAUCUGUCUGAAAAGAAAGCGGAUAUAUCUGCUUCCCAUCCGGAACAUCAAAAACCAUAAGCGGAUAUAUCCGUCACCCGUCCGGGAAGGGUUAAACAUUCAUGUACCCUUUCAUUCUUAUCCGUAAAUCUUUAACUUCUUGAAAAAAAAUCUGUCCCAAGGUAGACACUAUAAACAAAAUUUACUUUAUUAAAUGAGACGGUUAAAAACGUUUGGUCCACAUGAUAGGUGAAUAUCUCUACCUAAAACGGUAGUAUUAAAGAGUUGGAGAAAACUAUGUUGGUUUGAUUAAAUUUUUCUAACUUUGAUUCUAAUACUAAGUCCCAUUGUAAUGCGUAUUGGUAGGUAACUGAUUGUGCUGUUCAUAACAUCAAAUUUUGGUUCAUAAAAAAAUUUAGUGCUAUGGCUAAAAGUGGAAUAGUUAUAAAUUAGGUAAAGAAUUGAUUUUCAUUACAACUCAAAUUAUUUCAUUUUUUUCCUUGAGCCAGAAACCCCAGUGUGCAACUUUGUGAUUGACAUUUAUAUUUUAUAAUGUACUUUGUGAUUCAUCAACUUGUCAAGUGUAAAUAUGCUAUGAGAAUUCUGCAAGUAGUCAUUAAUUUAAAACUAUGCAGAACUCGAGUAAAGCUUCACUAUAAUGUUUUUAAGAGUUAUGUUUGGAUUCUUUGUAAUAUUGAAUAUAAAUUGACUACUGUUAUUUCUUAAAACUUUGUAUCAAUGACUGAGGACUAUUAUCAAUGUUGCAUGAAGUGAAUGGUGUUGAUAUUAAGCGUACACUUUGGAGAGUCUGCCUUGUAUCAGUAAAAUAUGUAUUAAAACAAUUGUGUUGU